AUGGCGACAGAUCAUAUUGGCCGACUGCCCGCGGAGCUGAAGUGCGCAGUGGUGCGAUACCUACCCGCGCUCCAGGACCGAAAGACCAUGUCACUGCUCAGCAGAGACUGGGCGGUCGUAGUGAUGCCAAUCAUGUGGGAGAUCUUUACUACCGACCUCCUGGCCAAGACUGGCUCGCGAAAUGUGCUAGGUCUAGCGUCUCCCGCCUCGAACAUCGUUAAGCACGUCCGCAAAAUCAACCUUCUGGACAGACCGAACGCGUUCAAAGAAGCGGACCAGUUGCCACCAUUGUUGGCCGCCAUCCCUCGCGGUCAACUAUGUGGCUUCAAAAGCGGAAGCGGCGUGCCUAUCAGUACGCUCGAGCUCCUACUCCAGAUACACCCGAAACUCGAACAUUUUCUCGUCCCUGGUACCUCGAUGUCGCAGAUACUACAAUCGCCGUGGACUGGUUCAUCCUUAUCAGGCCUCACCCGGAUGGAAGUCUCUAUAAAUACUCUCACCCCACGAGAGUUUCGGAAGCUAUGGGUGCGAUGUCCUAAGCUGACGCAUAUCUAUAUGACGCAGAGCAAAUCUGUCACGUCGACGUCAAUCAGCUUGCAAGAAGGUCAUUUCGGGGUCGAUACAACUUCUGCAGUCUCGCAAGGUGGAUCAGACACGACGCAGUCGGACAUGGUCAGCUUUCAAUUAAGCAGCCUUCGCAUCAGUGCUCUUAUGCUCCCUGCGACUUUUAGCACCAUGUUCCAGCGGAUAGACAUUAUUGCCCUCACCGAGCUCGUCCUUGUUCAUACCGGACGCGUCGCUGAGUUGCUGGAAGCUAUGUGCUCUGAAUUCCAGAAGCGAGAACCCUCUCUGAGGAAGCUGCGACUUCUCCUGGUGAAUGAGGACGCGUCAGAUUACAUCCUCUCACAGCUACAGUUGUUAUUAUGCUCUUUCCACGGACUACGCCAGUUACACUUCGAGUGCGGCAAUUGCGUCAAGAUCGAUGUCGAUGGCAUCAUCAACCACGGGGAGACGCUCACGGACCUACUCAUCGUCAACGGAGGUAUCCACCGACAAGAUGCCAACAGAUGUAUGAGCGUGGAAGACCUGCGGAAGGUCGCUAUCGCAUGUCCAAGCCUAGAGCAACUAUGCCUCAACCUGUACGAGAUCGAUCCAGAUAGUCCAGAGGGCGACUUCCUCGGCCCAAAAAUAUCCGUACUUCCAGCAUCAACCGAGUUCGAGAGGGCUUUGAGUGCUAUCGCCAGCAUGAAAAGCCUACGACUACUACGCUUGACCAACCCGCCCAAUUGUCGCAAAGCUUACCACCGCCAAGGAGAGUUCAUGCGCUUCUUCCGCCGAUCACUCGAGAGCGGAGAGCAACGCUACGCGUUCCAGGCUCGAGCGGACAGUAUCGUACGCUACGUGGGCGAUCGGGCAUCGAACCUGAGGCUUCUCGCGUUCUCCCCCAUGGAGUCGCUGACAAAAGCUAUCUCGGCGGACAAGAAUGGCCAUAUCUGGCCCAACUACUUUUACACCUGUGAGCAGAUGAAGAGCAAUCGAGGUACGGAGGUGUCAAUCGCAAGGGCGGUGAGGGACUGGAAGGCAGAGAUGCCGGAGGCUACUAUACUUAACGAGGGAUGA